UGUAAGCACAAAAUGGUCGACGUUCUUUAUAAUUGCAGCUGGAUGGAGUAUGUUGUCAAUUUAUAGCAUUUGAGAUUCCACGAGUAAACAAUUCAUAUUUGUUUCGGAGGCCAAAGAUGCGUUGGAAAACAAACCCUAAGGUUUUAACGGCGCAGUGCCUAGCUGAAUUCAUGGGUACCAUGAUCUACGUGUAUGUUAACGUAAUGUCUGUUGGGACGGGAGCCACCGGGGUUGCAGUGGCAUCGGGCCUGCUUUACACGCUGAUGAUCCUAGGCCCGGGGCAGCUUAGUGGAGGAAUUUUCAAUCCCGCCAUAGGUCUGGGUUUUUUCAUCGCCAGCGCAGGGCAAAUCAAAAUCAUCACUUUCUUGGCCUUCCUUUUGUCAGAACUAUUAGGGGGCCUGGCUGGAGCAGCUCUUGUGCGGAUAUGCUUAACAAGCGCCGACUACAGUAACGCCACGAUGACUGAAGGGGUUCUGUCGCUGAACUUGGCUACUGCUGGUAUCGGUGGCGGAUUUAUGAUCGAGUCAAUACUGACCUUCUGUCUCGCCAUGGCUGUGUAUGUCACCUUGGCCAAUGGUGACUGGAAACAGCACGCUGGUUGGGGACCCGUUGCCGUGGGAGCCGCAGUCUGUAUUUGUACUCUUUGUGGAUACGAUGCCACGGGGGCUUGCAUGAACCCUGCACGUGCGCUGGGUCCCGCGGUUAUCGCCUCCUUCUAUGCUGAUGUCAAUAUUGCGUGGGCAUAUCAUUAUAUCUACUGGAUUGGACCCGGUGUGGGAGCGGUGACGGCUGCAAUAAUAUACAGAGUUCUUCAUUUUUUGUCCGACCAAGAAAAACAAGAAGAAGACUCGUAUCAAAAGUAUGAGGAAUUACAAGAUGUCUUGAAAACCAGUGAAAGUUACAGCUCUGGAGACGAAGGAUCCGAAAUUAAUCAGAACAAUCAAGAUUCAAAGAGACAGAGCUACAAUUCGAUUCACAAUUCAAAGAAAACCGAAAACGACUGAACAUGAGUGAUGCUGUGUAAUCAAAUCUAGAUCGCCAUGCAGAAUGAAAUGAUAUAAAAAUAUGAGGGCGUAACCAAUCUAUGAUCCAACCUGGAUUCAGCACAGCAUGUUGGAUACUAUACUUGGACCCAUCAUACAUGUAUGUAUAGACCCCAUAACUAAACAUGCACUUUUUCGCGUUGCCGCUCGUCGGAUAUUGUAUCGGACUAAUUCACUGAAAUUCUUACUUUAAUAUUUUAUUUCAUUAUUUCGGUCUAAUUACGUAUAUGCUGCAUUAAAAUCCUAAACAGCGGUGGUCUACAAUGAGUGACACUCAGACUGUAUACGGUUUUCAGAAUAGUGAAACUAGUACUGCUGCUGGCUCAACAAUAGCACAAAAUUUCGUGCUAGCUGGUAAAAGAGCAGAGGAUUAAAUCAAAACUCAAUAUAGAGGUGCAAAACGAUGUCACAGGCACGCUCUUGUGCACAGUUUAGAAACUAUAUUUGAUAACUUUAAGGUCCACACUCCCAGAAAAAGAACCCCCUUUUGCAAAUGGUGACUACGCGCCUGCAGUUUCACUGUCCUGAAACCAAAGAGAAAAAAUUAUUCAACGUCUUAACCCAAAAAGGAACAUAGACAUUAUUGUCACAGAUGGAGAUUUCUUAGCUGCUUUAGCGUUUAACUAACUUUGAAUAUUUGAUAUUCACUGGUUUAUUUUUUACAAGUAUAACGUUGUAAAAAUGACAUUCUUCUGUAUAGAGCGAUAAAUUUUUAUGGGUAUGCAAAGCCCCCUGAGUUACAGUUCAAAUAUUUAUAUAGGCAUUCUCACAUCAACCAAAAUUUAGCCCAACCUUGAUUGACAUAAUAAAACGCAUAUUCGAACACGAUAUAAAAAUAAAUAAAUAAAAAUUAUAUCUCUCGGAACAUAACGUUACCAUUUGGCUUCUUGCAUAAUGAUGUAGACCAUGUUAAAAUUACAUGUAGAUGUAAAAUUAAGACAGCCAUAAAUGUUUGUUCUGUUCACAUUUUAAAAAAUCGAAUACAAAUUUGAAUACAUCCAAUUUUUUAUGAGACUUCAACUUGUGAAAUGCCUCUAUAUUGGGUUUGGGGGAAUUGUGCUUGUGUCUAUACUUGGAAUUGCAGGCAACUACAUAUGCUAUUGUAUUCAUUGUGUUUUAAUUUUCUGAUUAAAUAAAAUAAUGUUUA